AUGUCUUGGAAUGUGAGAGGUUUGAAUAAUGCCAACAAGCAGAGAGAGGUUGCCCAUACUCUUUCUAUUCAAAAUGUUGGUGACCCUUUCUUUUGCACUUUCAUUCAUGGUGCUACUGAUAAGUCUAAGAGAUUGACUCUAUUUUCUCAAUUGGAGGAUAUCUUUAAAAAGAUUGAUCAACCUUGGGCUGUUUUGGGUGACUUUAAUAGUUUAGCAAACCUUAAUGAAAGAAUUGGCCAACCUGUUUGUCUACAGAAGGUCGUCCCUUUGAGAUCUUGUUUGCAUGUGUAUGGAUUAAAGAAUAUGAAAUUUUUAGGGCGUUUCUUUACUUGGAAUAAUAAGCAAUGUGGUGAUAAGCUGGUAUUUAGUAAGAUUGAAAGAAUCCUUUGUAAUGAGAGAUGGGAGGAUUGCUACCCUAGAGCUAAGGCCCUCUUUCUCCCUAAGAGGACUUUUGAUCAUUCACCAAUGCUUAUUCAAUUUUUCAAUAGUAUGAAGAAUCCUACCCGGUUUAAAAUUUUCAAUUUUUGGGCUCUUCAUGAGAACUUCAUUAAUAUUGUGCGUCAACAUUGGAGUUGUAAGGUUGAUGGUACUAUUAGUUUUCAAAUUUACUCAAAGUUGAUCACUCUUAGAAGGAUUUUGAAGGCUGAGUUCCAUAGAGGCCCCCUCAAAUCUAUCAUGGAUGGGGCUGAAGAUGGCAUUGUUGUCAAUGAUAUGACUCACAUUCAUCAGGCUUUUACUGCUUUCUAUGUUGAUCUAUUAUGCAGUGCUAUGCCUAACAGGAGGAGGAUCAAUAUGAAAGCGGUUCAUACUGGCCCUAUUUUGAAUGAUGAUAUGAGAUUGCAACUGAACCUUUCUUUUUCAGCUGAUGAAAUCAAGUGUGCUCUUUGGAGUAUCCCUAAUGAUAAAGCUCCUAGUUUAGAUGGCUAUAAUAGCAAGUUUUAUAAGUCAACAUGGCCUGCUUGGAAUAUUACAGCUAUAACAUUAGUGCCUAAAGUUUCUUGUCCCACUUCUCCUGGUGAAUUUAGCCCUAUAGCUUUUUGUCACACUUUGUCUAAGUGCAUUUCCAAGCUCAUCUGUUCCAGACUAAGCACGGUCUUGAAUCAUCUGAUUAGUCCGAACCAAGGGGCUUUUGUUACUAGUAGAAUCAUUAAUGGUGAGCUUUUUCAAAAACUUAAAGCAAAGCGGGGCUUAAGGCAAGGUGAUCCUUUAUCUACUUUGUUGUUUGUGCUUGGUAUGGAGUACUUGACUCGGAUUUUAAACUGUGCGAGUAGUGACCCUUGCUUCAAAUAUCACCCUCGAUGUAAGUCAAUCAAACUAAAUCACCUUCGUUUUGCUGAUGAUUUGAUGUUUUCUUUAAAGAAAACUAGUGAUAAGAUGACUUCAAAGAUUUGGGGUUUCCAGGGUAAAGAGUUGUCUUAUGCUGCUCGCCAUCAGCUAGUGAACUCUGUCCUGAUGAGUAUCACUACUUAUUGGUGUCAAAUUUUUGUCCUCCCUAAAAAAGUGAUCAAAGAUGUUAUUGCUGUUUGUAGAGCUUUCCUGUGGCACUAUGAUGUGAUACAAAACCUGGUAAUGUCAUUUGGGAUUAUAUCUGUAGACUUAAAAAGAGGGUGGCUUGGGCAUUAG